AUGGUGUAAGAUCAGAGGCGUUCAUUGGCUGAUGUAUCACCUCUCCGCGCAGUUGUGUUGCACCCGUGGACAUUGUCAGUGAAGAUGGCGAACUGGUGUGUACGUGCGGUCAGACAGAGUUAUUAUGUAUUAGCAUCCCCAACACUUGUAAGGGCUACACCACGCCUCCUUUGCACCGCAGCCCAACAGAAGAGUUCAGGGACUGGUUCUGAAGAAGAUAAUGGUGCUCACAAGCCGGAUCUCAAUGCAACAGAGAAAGCCCUAACAGAAGAAAAGGCACAGCUGGAAGAACAGCUAAAGGAUGUCACGGAUAAAUACAAGCGUGCACUAGCAGAUACUGAGAACAUAAGGCAGAGGAGUAAGAAGAUGGUUGAGGAUUCUAAACUAUUUGGAAUUCAGGGUUUCUGCAAAGAUCUCUUGGAGGUGGCUGACAUUUUGGAGAAGGCAACAGAAAGUGUACCGAAAGAAGAAUUAACCGCUGCUAAUCCUCAUCUGAAAAACCUGUAUGAUGGCCUUGUAAUGACUGAAGUUCAGAUUCAAAAAGUCUUCAACAAGCAUGGACUAGUAAAGCUGAACCCUGAUGGUCAGAAAUUUGAUCCUUAUGAGCAUGAGGCGGUCUUUCACGCACCUGUGGAGGGCAAGGUGCCAGGUACCAUAGCCAUAGUUACCAAGGUGGGCUACAAGCUGCAUGGCCGCACACUCCGGCCAGCUCUGGUGGGUGUGGUUAAAGCCCCUUAACUGGUUGUAUACACUAUGGUUGAUGAGUUUAUUCCUUGGUGACAGAUCAGCUCUUGUUAGCUGGUUUAAGUCCUACUUUUUUUCUUUUGUUAUGGGGCCUCUGAGAGGCAAAAUCCAAUAUACUUGCAACUAACUUGUGUUAAUUAUGAAUAUAUAAAAAUACAUAUUUUAAGAGAUAAGUGUAUGUGGUCAAAUAUGCACCCAAAACACUGCAGCUUAUUAAGCUGUGUAUACCUGUUUGCUGAAAAAAUAAAUUCCCCUGUUGUAAUGAAGACCACUGAUGGUUCAGUGCCACCAUGUAUCCUGUCAUCUAUGGAGACAGUCCAAAGUUGGCAGUUUUUUUGGAAACAUUACAGGAAUGGAAUGAGUGAAUAAGUGGUAUGUCAUUUUAAAUACUGGUUGUGAAGUAUUUAGUAAACUAUUACAUUCAAUUUUAAGGUAAUUUUUCUGUCAGACAGACAGACAACUUUGUCAGUGUCAAAUAAAGCUUGUACCUCUUUUCA